AUGGCCGAUCGUAACGUCGAGCUGCAAACGACGCUAGUGCGCUACAACAAUCCAGUGUUGGUGGUGAAACACGUGGAAAAGCGUGAACCGGGAGGGGAUGGAGGGACGACGGCGAAGGAACAAACGGGCCGACCCGGAUCGGGUGGGGCCGUCGUCGUCGAUAGUCCACGCGAAACGGAAGAGAUCCUGAACUGCAUACUGCCACCGAAAACCUGGGAAGAGGAUGGUCAGCUUUGGACGCAGACCGUCUCGAGUACACCGGCCACUCGACAGGAUGUGAUCAACCUACAGGAGAUGCUGGACACACGCCUGCAGCAAACACAGGCCCGUGAAACGGGCAUCUGUCCGGUGCGGCGCGAGCUGUACACCCAGUGCUUCGACGAGCUGAUCCGCCAGGUGACGAUCAACUGUACCGAGCGAGGAUUGCUGCUGCUGCGGGUCCGCGAUGAGAUCGCGAUGUCGCUGGAGGCCUACGAAACGCUCUACUGCAGCUCGGUGUCGUUUGGCAUCCGGAAAGCGUUACAAGCACAGGAAGGCAAGGAGAAGCUCCAGGAACAGAUACAGCUGCUUGAGCAGGAAAAGGAAGCGCUCCAAAACUCGAUCAGCGAUAUGAAGAUCAAGGCGGAUCAGGCCGAACGCCGGAAUGCGGAACUGCGCGCGUCCGAGGAGAAGAAACACUCGGAGGAGAUAGCUUUCCUGAAGAAAACGAACGCCCAACUGAAGGCUCAACUGGAAGGAAUUAUUGCUCCGAAGAAGUAA